AGUGGCUUCAGUUAUUGUUAUACGCUUGACACGAGCUGGCAACUUUUGCAUUUCAACUUCAAUAUGUCUGAUGCUUCAGAAAUCAAUGACGGUGCCAGUGAUCAUGUGACUGAAUUCAGAUUGGUGCAUGCAGACUGUACGUGGAGCAGACAGACUGCAGACUGUCAGCGUGUCCAGGGACGACUGUCAGAUGCCAGGAUUUAUGAGUCUUCAUCAGAAGAUGGAGUCACGUGGACAGUGGUCAGUCCCGUCGUCUUCUCCUAUCGAGUCGUUCAGUGUGAGAGGCUUCUGGAUGCAAGCAAUGACACCUUACUGUUUGGCCAUAUCUCCAGCUCCACAGAGCUCCUGGCCCUUAAGACCAACAGUAAAGUAAUGAAGCGAUUCAUUGUGAUUGACGAGACUGUUAAUGAUCUGUACGGCUCCCAGGUUGCAGCUUAUUUCGAAGCGAGAGGCGUGAUGUACAAGAUCUUUCCCUUACCCACAACUGAGGAGAACAAAUCCAUGGCCCUGGUGACCAGAAUCUUGGAGGAGGUGCAUAAGUUUGGGAUUGACCGCCGUACAGAGCCCAUUAUCGCUAUCGGUGGCGGUGUGUGUCUGGAUAUCACAGGUCUCGCUGCAUCCCUGUAUCGCAGACGUACUCCGUACAUCCGUGUCCCUACUACUCUGCUGGCUUACAUUGAUGCCAGUGUGGGGGCAAAGAAUGGGGUCAAUUUUGCCAACUGUAAAAAUAAGCUAGGGUCAUACAUCCCACCCGUGGCAGCCUUCCUGGACAGGAGCUUCCUCUGCACUCUGCCACGCCGCCAUAUUUCUAAUGGAAUGGCCGAGAUGCUGAAGAUGGCGCUGAUGAAACACAGAGGACUCUUUGAACUUUUGGAGAAGGAUGGAAGACAUUUGUUGGACUCCAGUUUCCAACCAUCAGGGGGAAUGGCAGAAAAUAUGCAUGGGGACGCAGCGAGUGUGUCCACGAGAUUGGCCAUUGAAACCAUGCUGGAGGAACUUGCCCCAAACCUGUGGGAGGACCAGCUGGACCGGCUGGUGGACUUUGGCCACAUCAUCAGUCCAGAGCUUGAAAUGAAAAUACUUCCCGCGCUUCUGCAUGGAGAGGCGGUGAACAUUGACAUGGCUUUCAUGGUCUAUGUGGCUCACGAAAGGGGCUUUCUGACAGAAGAGGAAAAAAGACGUAUCAUUGUGUGUAUGCGGAGCCUAGAUCUUCCUGUGUGGCAUUCAGACUGCACUCUGGAUCUAGUGCUGAAGUCCCUUACUGAACGACUCAAGCACUCCGGAGGGUUUCUGAGAAUGCCUCUACCCACAGCGCUCGGAAAAGCAAGAAUCUUCAAUGACACAGAAGACAGCAUUGUGUGCAAAGCAUUCAAGAAAUGGUGUGAUGAACAGUGUGAAACCACCAUGAAACCAGAAUAACACCACAGGAAGUGUUGAGUCUGAUUAUAUUCCUGAACCAAGAAAAACAUCUGUGCUGCAAAAUGAAACACAUCAAAUCAUGAAUGAAAAAUUCCAGAAAUUGUGAAAACCACUCAGUUUUAUUUCAACGUCUGUAACUUUUCAUUCCCAAUACAUGACAAUCAUUUAAAACCCAACAAUGAAAUGCUACUUUCCUCAUAAAGCUCACGUAAAGAGUGAAAGGUGACUUUCCCAGUAUGUUUAAAGUGGGCUGGCUUUCAGAACUGAAUUCAUAGGAAAAUAAUGCUUUAUAAAGAAAAUUAAAAAAAAA